UCAAUAUGCGUACAAUUACGAGCAGGUGUUUGUGAAAAUAAAAUGAUUGUUUAAAAUUACCUAUAAAUUCGAUCUUUUUAUGUAAAUAGGAUGUUCAUAGAAGACAUAAAGAAUGAUUUCUACAAUGUUCUUCUAGGAAACCGAGUGCUGCUCCUCGUGCAUUACGAUGUGGACGCGGUGUGCGCGUGUAAGAUCCUGCAGGAUCUGUUUCAAUGCGACAACAUCUCGUACACGCUGGUCCCCGUGGGGGGCAUAUCGGAGCUAAAGACGGCUUAUGAGGAAAAUAAUGAGGAGAUAAAAUACGUGGUGCUGGUGAACUGCGGGGGCACCGUGGACCUGGUGGACAUCCUGCAGCCCGAGGAGGACGUCGUGUUUUUCGUGCUGGACUCCCACAAGCCCACGGAUAUCUGCAAUGUGUACAGCGAUGGACAGGUGAGACUUGUGUAUAAGGACGAGGAGGAGAACAUUCCAAACUUUGAUGACAUAUUCCGAGAUGAUGAUGAAGAGAAUGAUGACGAGUUGGAGGGAAUGGAAAGGGUGGAGGAGGUGGUGAGGAAGAGGAAGGAGAGGAAAGCCUGGGAGGAGCGGAGACACACACUCAUGUUCAACUACACACAGUUCUCUUACUACGGCAAACCUAGUGCGUGCGUCGCGCUGGAGGUGGCGGAGCGGACACGCGGCGCGGGCGUGAGCGCGCUGUGGGCGGCGGCGGUGGCGAGCGCCUCGCACGACGCGCUGGCGCUGCGGCCCGCCGCGCGCGCCCUGCUGGACGCUGAGCCGCUGCACCGCCGCGCCGCCGUCGCGCAGGCCUCCGCCCCCGACACGGCGGGCGUGUGCGGCGAGCGAGACGCCCUCGUGCCGCUGUACCGCUGGUGGUCGCUGGAGGAGGCGCUGCGGCACGCGGCAGGCGUGGGCGCGCGGCUGCGGCUGCACUCGGCGGCGCCGCGCCUGCGCCAGCUGCUGGCCGACAUGGGCGUGCCGCUGCAGCAGGCGCGCCAGCACUUCCGCGCCAUGGACGUGGAGCUGCGGCGCGGCUGGGCGGAGGCGCUGGCGGCGGCGGCGCCUCGGUACGGCCUGCCCGACCCCGCGCGCCUCACCUUCGUGCUGCGCCGCCCGCAUGCGCCGCCCCUGGCCGCCGUCGACCACGUCUACGCGAUCAUGGCCUUGCUCGAGCACGAGAGCAUGCUCCGCGCGGAGGGGUUUCAGCUGGCGUUGUGUUCGCUGGGCGUGGCGGGUGGGGCGGGGGGUGCGGCGGGGGAGGCGCUGGCGACGGGCGUGCGCGGCGCUCAGCGGGCGCUGGCGGCGGCGUCGCGCGCCGCUGCGGCCGCGAUCACCGCGCGCGCGCUCCGACUCGCCGGACCCUUCGCUUACUUCAUCAUACCAGAGGGUUCCCCGGAGGCGGCGUUGCUGGCGGGGCCGCUUUGGCUGCGCGAGACGGCGCGGUGGGCGGCGGCGGCGGGCGGCGGGUCGCGGCCGCUGCUGUGCGCGGCGCCGCUGCCGCACGACCGCUGCCUGCUGCUCGGCUUGCCGCCCCGGGCGCACCAGGAGCCGCGCAACCUGUUCGGCGCGGCGUUCGAGCAGGCGGCGGCUCGGAGCGGCGCAGACGUGUCGCUGGACCUCGUGGACACGUCGGUGGUGUCGCUGCCCGCCGCCCAGCGCGCCCAGUUCCUCGACGCGCUCACUGCCCUGCUGGCCUAGACGCGCCGAACUGUACAGUUUCGCCACUGAAGAUGAAUUUUAAAGUCGUGUGCAAGUAUCGAGACGGCACUGCCACCGAGACGAAAGAUGUGUUUAACACUUCUAACGCUGACGACAAAUGCGAUAAUGGGAAAGAUUUUGUUGCCAAUAAGAUAUAAGAGAUGCAUUUAAUAGUUCCAACAAUCAAGUCAUUAAUUAAGACGUGUGAGCAUAUGCCGAUUCGGACUGUCCUGACCUCAAAGAUGUGAUGUGUCUCAAAGCUGUGUAUAUUAAUUAUUAUUGUUGUUGUGGUUUUUGUGGAUGUAGUGGCCAUAUGACAAUAUCAGUGCCACAUGACAGUAAAGGCAACUAGUGACUCAAUGGUAACUUUUGAUCUGAUUUUUUCCACUAUCGGACUUUAUUAUGUGGCAGUGCAAAGCUGUGCUAGAACUAAAGUGGAAUACAUUGUGGUGAAACUUAAUUUGUGAUAGUUGACUAUGUAAGCGUAAUGAACUGUAGCAGUGAUUAAACAUUGAGGCGGUGAGUAUAAAACUGUAACUAUAAGUAGUUUUAGUUAUUUUUAAUAGUUUUGUAAGCUUACUCUUAAUAAUUUCAAUUUUUUUAUGAUUUACAAAUACAUUUUAAAAGUAAAAGAUGGCUGGAUCACUCUUAUUUGUAUUACAAUAAUUAAAAUCAUUCAAUUAACUUGUCAAUUAAGUAUAAUAUUUGAAGCAAUGGUAAUCUAAAGUAGCAAUGACAAAAUAAUGUAACAAUAAUUUAAGUAAUAAUUAUGAUAAGUGAUUGUUGAAUAUGAAAUGACUAUUAAUUUAUUUUUAUAAUUAAAAUAAUUAUUAU